AUGAAAACCUGGUUUGGAGCGGUGAUAGUGUUUCUCAUAGUAUUCGCUACACAACAAGUAAAUUCGGCGCGAUGUUUUCGUUAUCCGAAUCCUCGGGAGCGUAAUUUUGUGGUGGAAGUAAAUUGCUCACAAGAGUCCGAGAAAUCUGGGAUAUUAUCAACAUCUUUAUCAUAUCAUUAUAGUCAUAGUAAAAUCCACCAUGUGUCAAAAGACAAAAAAAAGCCCUUGCACUUUUUUUCUUCAUCACCACACUACAAAAGAUCAACCAAUAGUUCGAGCAAUAAGAACUAUUUUAUAUUUAAGGUCGCGUGCCACUCGGAUGCGGCCUUAUGUAUGAAAAUGUUCAGCGCGUUCGAAGAUGCCGGAAAUAUUUUCUCCACCAUCUUGGAUCUGAAUGCGCCUAUCGUGGUGAAUGUCACGAUAUUUAACUUUUGUGCAGACGAGUCUCCCUGCGAUCCGGAAGAUAAGGUUAAUCCUGGUGUCGGAUAUUCAUCAUUACUAAUAUUACUCAAUGAUGACGACAAUGUGGAAAGGUUUUACCCACAAUCUUUAGUAAAACAAUUCAACUACACCACCCAUCCUCGAUAUGAUGAUGCCGACAUUUAUGCACAAUUUAACGCAAAUCCCAAAUACUGGUUUCGAACCGAUCAUACGCGCAUAAAUGAUGAUCAAAUCGAUUUUCUCGAAGUAGUCUUGCAUGAGGUUUUUCACGGCCUCGGUUUCGACACGUCAUGGGGCACAUAUUCAUACGCCGGUGAGAAAAAUUUCGUAUUACCUGCUCCAAUCGCUAAAGAAGAUGUUGAAUGGACGAAUUCGGAAAAUUACAAUCCGAGCAUAAAUGUUACGUGGAGCGGAUUCCGGGAAUUUGUUUUUGAUCGCUAUUUGGUACAGACUGAGGAUUUCACCUAUCUCACCAAUUUCACUACGAAGCUGAAUCAAUAUUUUGUCGAGCACGGAUUGGUGCACGCCAGUUACAAUGGCUUCAUUGAUGAAUUCAAGAAAUCCGAUCAAUAUGCCAUAGCAGAAAAUAUGAUGAAAUUGUUCACCAAACCAGGAUCCGUAGGAUUCAUGACUUGGGAUUCAAAGGGUGUUAAUGAUUCUAUUAUACUUGAAACGGAGGUGUCACCGUUCAAUAAUGAAUAUAGUAUACGCCAUGUGGAUUACCGAGAUUAUACAGAUACAGCCGAUUUCUUGAUGAGAUAUCUUAUAACAUUAGGUGAAGACUUGGGAAGUAAAAUAAUAUGCGGGAAAAAUAAAACGAUGUGUGGUGACAAUAAUGUAACGUAUGCUGACAAUAAUGUAACGUGUGGUGACAAUUAUUAUUACGGAUUGCUGAAGAAUGCGAUAGGACCCGAGUUAAGGAAGUUUCUUGAGACAGUGGGAUAUUCAACAAAAUUCCGAAAAAGUACCAUAAAAAUUCCCCAAAUGCCAUCUCCGAUACCUCCAAUGAAUGUUCUCACAAGCACAGCCAUCUUUAACACGCCAGAACUAACAACUUUAUUGAUCGCACAUAUUGUAACGAUAUGUUUAUUCACCAUUCGGGGCUGA